AGGGCCUGCAUGCGGCGACGAUGGCGGAGAGCAGAACGCCGGCGGUGGUGGGGAGGAAGCUGCAGAUCAGGAGGAAGACGUGCAGCGUGGACAUGCGGGUCGCCAACCUGAACCUGGGCACCCCCGAGGUGAUGUCGCCGAUGAUGACCGACUUCGAGUCGCCCCAGAUCAAAGCUUCUCGCGACGUGGCGAACGUGAUGGCGGCCAAGGUGAAGCUGCUCCAGCGGGAGCUCAAGACGGUGAACGCCGACCUGGCCUUCUCCAAGGAGCGGUGCGCGCAGCUGGAGGAGGAGACCCGCCUGCACCGGGCCGGCAACCACGACCACGCCGCCAACGAGGACCUGAUACGGCAGCAGCUGGAGACGCUGCUGGCGGAGAAGGCGCGGCUGGCCAACGAGAACACGGUGUACGCCAGGGAGAACCGGUUCCUGCGGGAGAUCGUUGACCUCAACCAGCUCAACGUGGUCGGCCUCCAACAGGACAUCAUCGAGGAGGAGGAAGAAGAAGAAGAAUACGAGGAGGAAGAGGAUGCCGUCAACCCAGAAGAGGCCGACCACGACACGCCUGCCACCCACGGCACUGCCCCUUCCCAAUCGCCCUCGCAUCACACCGACAAUGUGUUGGCUUCUACACCCCCGUCUCCUCGCCGCCGCACCGACAAUGUGCCGGUUGCUACCCCACAGUCGCCCUCUCGCCGCACCCACAAUGUGGCUGUCCCUGCCCCCCAGUCUCCCUUAGGUCGCACCGACAAUGUACCGGCUGCUGCCCCACAGUCUCCCUUAGGUCGCACCGAAAAUGCACCGGUUGCUGCCCCCCAUCCUCCAUCUCCCCACACCGACAACGCGCCGGAGUCGAGGAGCACAGACAACAGCAGCAGUGCCGCCAUCGCCGAUGCCGAGUCACCGAUGCACCGGAGUUCAAAGGAAGACAGUGGCUCACCGCACAUGCCAGAGAAUGCCUUCCAGCAGCAGCAAUACCAUGACUGACGAGCUGCCUCUGAGCUUUGCUGAAUCAAUGGUAUAGUAUGUACGCGCACGUAGAGAACAACCUUCCGUCUCAUUUGUCACCUUUUGCACGGUGUAAAUGUGUAAUUACUAGUUCGCCUGUUCAAGGUGAGAACUGAUACGAGCAUUAUAUCCCUGGAUCUGUGAUUCUUAAUACCUGAUGUCCAUUCAGAACCACAUCAUUCUUGCACAAGCUACUGCAACGCUUAGGGUCAGUUUAAGGCAGCUGUGUGACCUGUUGAAUUCCAGUAAAAUGUUGACCCUACAAAUAGAAAAAGAUGCUUUCAAGAAGGACAGACCCAAUGUUAGAAGCUCCCACACCAGCUAGGGUCUGGGGAUAAUGCCGCCAUCGCCGUUGCGCCACACACAUGUGGACCGGCCGAUUAUACGAGGCACCCCGGUGCAAUUCAGAGAGACCGCAUUGAACCCAGGACCUCUUGGCACGAGUGAGGACUACCUCCACUGUGCCAGGACCCAGGACCUCUUGGCACAAGUGAGGACUACUUCCACUGUGCCAGGACCCAGGACCUCUUGGCACAAGUGGAGAGUACUUCCACUGCCAGGCCUGUCCUUCAAAAGCUCACAUCCAUAUAGGAGAAAUUUUGGUUUUGAAGAGCCACGACUCAGCUCUGGUCCGAACAACUGCACCAUUGGACCUCAUGAAACGGUAGGUUAAGUAUAUCCAUAUAAAAAUCCAUAAUAGAUACAACAAACAUCACACAUUGUUCAUGAAUAUUCGAGGAGGGAAAGGGUAAACAAUUUGCAAGGGGAUCAUAUUUUGUUUUAUUAACUUUAGGUACACAUUAUUCAUCCAAUGACUGGAAACUGAAAA